GAAAAUCCGUAUCUUCACCCGGCGUCCCCUCCUCUAGCGCGUCCACUCGCCGCACAUGUAUUCCUAUGCGCGGCUCCAGCGGGGACAGACUGUGGCUCUCGUCGGUGGCGGCCGAUCGGCGACUCUUCACCUCGCGAAACUUCGUGAAGUAUUUCCAAACUGUGGAUUUUUUCCCUCCUCAACACCUCAAGAGAACUCAUUUGGAUUAACUCUCCUAAAGGGAAUAACUUGUUUUAUCGUAGAAAGUGGCUGGCUGCAGCUCUCGUCCCCAUGCCCUGUCUGGUGAGCGCUGCCUGGCCUGCUGAGCCCGUAGGUGUGUCUGUACUGGGCUGCAGCUGAAGCAGGUCUGCAGCGACUGGGUGGUGGUGGAGGUGGUGGUGGGUCGUCAGAGGGCCCCCAGCAGGCGAAGAGGCCUGUCCAGUCCCAGCCACACGAAGAUGAACAAACUGAACUUCCACAACAACAAAACCAUGCAGGACCGCCGUUGUGUUUGUGUGUUUUUGCCCAAUGAUGACACGCUCAAUGUCAUAGUCAAUGUGAAGACUUUGUGCCAGGAACUGUUGGUCCAGGUGUGUGACCUCCUCAGACUGAAGGACUGUCACCUGUUUGGACUCAGUGUUAUUCAGAAUAAUGAACACAUCUACAUGGAGCUGGAUCAGAAACUGUCCAAGUAUUGCCCCAAAGAAUGGAAGAGAGAAGCCAGCAAGGGCAUUGACCAGUUUGGGCCUCCAAUGAUCAUUCACUUCAGAGCUCAGUAUUACGUUGAGAAUGGGAGAUUGAUCAGUGACCGAGCGGCCAGGUACUACUACUACUGGCACCUGAGGAAACAGGUGCUGCUCUCUCAGUGUAUCCAGAGGGAGGAGGCCUACUUCCUCCUGGCGGCCUUCGCCCUGCAGGCUGACCUCGGCAACUUCAAACGCAACAAGCACUUUGGGAAAUACUUUGAACCUGAAGCGUACUUCCCUCCGUGGGUGAUAGCCAAGCGUGGCCGUGAAUACAUCCUGAGGCAUAUCCCGAACAUGCACAAAGACCAGUUUGCUCUCACAGCUUCAGAGGCUCACCUCAAGUACAUUAAAGAGUGUGCUCAGCUGGAUGACGUCACAGUCCACUACUACAGACUCUACAAGGACAAAAAAGAAGUUGAAGCGUCUCUUACAUUGGGGCUGACUUUACGUGGGAUCCAAAUAUUCCAGAAUGUGGGCUCUGUGAGGCAGCUGCUGUACGACUUCCCCUGGACCAAUGUGGGAAAACUGGUGUUUGUGGGGAAGAAGUUCGAGAUCCUCCCUGACGGUUUGCCCUCGGCCCGUAAGCUCAUCUACUACACCGGUUGUCCGAUGCGAUCUCGCCACCUCCUGCAGCUGCUCAGCAACAGCCACCGGCUCUACAUGAACCUGCAGCCGGUCCUCAAACAAGUCCGACGACUGGAGGAAAACGAAGAGAAGAAGCAGUACCGGGAGUCGUACAUCAGCGACGCUCUCGAGCUUGACAUGGACCAUCUGGACAAACGCUCUCGAGCCAGCGGCAGCAGCGCAGGCAGCGUUUCUCAUCACAAGCGUCUGUCCCGCCACUCCACGACCAGCCACGGCAGCUCGCACACAUCGGGCAUCGAGACGGACAGCUUCAGGGCCCCCGGUCAGGCCCCGCACCGGCCUCUACGGACCUGCAGCUCGUCCACAACCAGCCACGGGAGCUCGCACACCUCCGGCAUCGAGAGCAGCGGCAAGGAACGGAUCCUAGAUGAUGACGAGAUUGAGAUGCUGGUGGACGACCCCAAAGACUACGAGGAGCUCCAUGAGAUGGCUCUGGACCAGGAGCUGUGCAUCCACAUCACAGAGGACAUGCUGACCAUGUCGCCUGAUCAGACCAACGGAUACUCAGGUCUGAUAGUAAAAGACGUCAGCUCGUCCACCUCCAGCUCCUCAGAGACCGUCGUCAAGAUGAGAGGACAGAGCAUCGAGUCUCUGCCGCAGACGUCUGCGUGCAGGAAGCCUCAGUCUUCUACUGACCGCCACAGUCAAUCCCUGGACGACAUCCGGCUCUACCAGAAGGACUGCCUGCAGUGGGCGGAGCUCUGCCAGGACACCGCCCACAGCUACACCUUCGGCUGCGCUCAGGAGCUGAGCGACGGCGGCGGCUACCAGGGCCUGGCCGACCAGCGGGCCGGCAUGCUGGCCGACCAGCACUCGUUCCACAUCAAGAGAACCAACAAGUACUUCUCCCUGGACCUGACCAGCGACGAGGUGCCCGAGUUCGUGGUGUGACGGAGGCAGAAACGACCUCAGGGUGACCGAUUCGCCGCUCCGUGUCGGACGUGGAGGAAAGUUUCAGGCCUCAGGGAACGAGACGAGGGAGGAAAGGUUGAGAAUAAAGAGGCAGCAAGUUGGCUGUUCCUUCACUUGAGACGUUUAGCACAAAACAACCGAACAGACAAGAAGGAACACGGGGCUCACAUGGAACCUGUGUCUUUCAAACGCAACCCAAACUGUGUCAAAGGAAACUAAAGGGAUUAUGUUACCUUCUUUAAAAACAAAACUCAUUGAAAUGUGUCUCCUCCAGACUGUUUUCCUGCAUACGAAGUCACACAAAGACCGUUUGUACUCGUCGACUCACAGCAGACAGACUCGUGCACAGACAUGACGAGCAAACCGAAGGUCUCUGUGGAGGACACGAAGGACAGAUUCACUCUGAGCUGAAAACCAAAGACAAGAGAUGGAAGCAAACGUCUGUUUCUGCGUCCAGCUUCACCACACAGGGAGGGCAGAUGGACCCUCAGUGACUCUCUUCUUCUACACCACUUUGUUUUACCUCAACAGGAAGUGCAGCGUGCCAACACCCCCAGACUGGACUCUGAGUCAUGUGAACACAGCCGACGUGCCUUCAUCACACUGCAGGUGUCUCCUCGCCUUGACAAUCACACAGCUUCACCUGAGGCAGUUAUAAGACCCGAGCCAUCCCAACUCAAGGCUCUGCUUUAGUUUUUAGCAUCGUACGCACACUUCAGCAGCAGCUCCAGCUCGUUAUUCAGCAUUUAGAUUUCAAAAAGAUCCGGAUUUUACUCUUUUUUUUUAAUGUCCUGUGAAACCUCAGUGUCAGAGUUUCCUGGGAGGAAUUAGGUCGACUACGUGUUCUGACUUGCGUCGAGUUUGUGGCCACAAAAGUUUCCCUGUAAUCUGAACUCAAAAUGGAGCCUGAUUGGCUGUCAUCCAAAACAAAACAUGUCGAUGCAUACAUGUUCAUCCUUCUUUAGCUCGUCUUCUGUUUGUCUCUCCUUUCAAACUGGAAUUUGUUACAUUUUUUUUAUUUCUCCUCCUCUCGUCUUACCCUGACUCUCUUCAGACGUUGUAUUUUUGUAUAUGAACAGUUAAUCUGCGUGCGGUUGCUUUCAUUCAGUAUUACAAACAAAUGUAGGCGACAGUAUUAAGGACCUGUGGCUCUAAACAAGAAAGACUGGUUUUAUUGUAAUCUCACGGUAAAUUUCAAGAGAACUGAGCUGACAGGAUUUUGAAACGCUGCAAGAGGUGGACAAAGGUGGAGACAAAGGAGGUUAUAUUAUACAGCUUUGUCUGUUUUAUAUCAAUAAUGUCCGAUUUUUUAACUUCUCACUCUAAGAUUGAUGUAAAAGAGUUUUAUUUGUUUAAUCAUGACCACAGAAUUGCAGUUUUCUAAUUUUGCAAAGUUGAAAUCUUUAAGUUAUUAUUGAACAUGAAUUGAAAAAGGCAGUUUGAUGAUUUAGAGGAACAUGAGAAGAUCUAAACCAUCUAAAAAAAAGACCCAGCUACAGCUCAGCUUAGCAUGAAGACUGGAAGCAGUGAGUCUGCCUCUGACCAGAAGCAACGACGUCUGCACCCUACAGCUCGCUAAUUAACUCUUAAACGCUUUUUUAUCUCGUUCGUUUCGUCCGUGUGCAACCUGAAGAGUAGCAAAUGUUCCAUGGGGUUGUUAGGAUUCCGCACAUAAAACCUCCUCACUCAUCUGUGGAAGCUGAAGGUGUCUCCAGAUGGAUGCUGGGAUAGUCAGAGAUCUCCACAGCUCUCCAUCUUCUGCUUUGUGAGUUACCUUUAGGAAGCAUCUUUGUAUUUUACCCCUGGAAGAUGAUAAUAAUAAUAAUAAUAAUAAUAAUAGUACAUUUUAUCUGUAAGCGCCUUUCUUGACACCAAAGGUCACUUUACAGGAAAAACAAAUACAAUAGAACACACAUAAACCAUACAAAAAGAUUAAAAAAAACAUACAUAAAGAAAGAGGGAGUUGGAGAGGAUAAAUAGUCUUGAACAGAUGAGGUUUGAGUCUGGAUUUGAAAAGAGGCAGAGAAUCAAUAUUUCAGUUUCCAUACAUGUACAUGUAAAACUCUGUUAAUGCAGGAGGUGUUCUGAUUGGUGGGUUUUGCUACGCUAGCUGUUUCCCUUUGUUUCCAGUCAUUAUGCUAAGCUAAGCUAACAAACAAAUGUAUGUUACAGACAUGAGAGAGCGAUGAGUCUUCUCAUCUGGCAUUUUUAAAACAUUUUCCUCGAUAUGUUCACACGUCACCUGCAGAUGUCACGAUUUUAAGAAGUGUUUCCAUCGGCUGACGUCUUGAGCCGUCAGUGAACAAAAAUGAGUUAGCCGUGUGUUGUGUCAUUUUGUGUGUGCAGCCCACUCAUUAAUAGUGAUUUAAAAUCCUUUAUCUUUCAGCUUUAAGUCUUCCCGUGUGUUUUCAAACUGGCAAUACAGCAUCAGAACGAUGUUUUUUAAACAACGUCUUUGUGUAAUACAGAACAAACACAUGAAUUUGAUUUUGCUGUGUAAUUAAAAGCAACUUCUAUCUUUCUUACACUUUGUUUCCUUCACUGUUAUUGUAAUUAAUCAUUAAUGGAAAAUGUCUGGAGUCGUAUUUUGACGGACAGCGAUGUUUCUUAUAUUAAAGCAGCAUGUGUUUAAGGUACAUAGCCAUACAGCCAUAACCCAUGUCCUUGAAGUGUUCAUCAUUUGUUGUAACUUCCUCCUCUGGCUUCAGUAUAUGGUCAAACUUACACCUUUGUAAGAGUCUGUAUGUCUGUGUCCAUAAUCCUUUCUGUGAAAGGAUCUCCCUGCUGGAAAAAAACUGAUUUUUUUUGUCACCCUGUUGUUACAAAAAAGUUUAAAAACGAGAGAAAAAAAUGAUUUGUUAUAAUGAAGUCUGGUCUGUGCCUUCUUGGUACUAAUGCCCUCAAUAUCCAAUAAAUAGGUACAUUUAUCUACCAAA